AUGUUGUCGAACGGGCAUAUAAUCGGCGAUGGGUCCUGGGACCUCAAAGUUUAUGUCACUGAUCUGCAGACGGAGAGGCUGAUUCGAGUCAAGGGGGACACGCACAUAGGCGGUGUUAUGCUGAAGCUCGUCGAAGACUUGGAAAUCUCAAUGGAUUGGUCGGACCAUGGUCUGUGGUGGCCAAGUCGUAACUGCUGGUUGAACCAUACGAGAUCGACAUUGGAUCAAUGCGCCGUUCAGGCGGAUGCGCUUCUUCACUUUACACCAAUGCACAAAAACCUGAGGGUGCAGUUACCAGACUUGAGGUGUCUCGAUAUGCGUGUCAAUUUUUCUAUAAAAACGUUUUCAACAGUAAUCGCUUUAUGCAAGGAUCUGGGCAUUCGGCAUCCGGAGGAACUGUCAUUUUGUAAACCUCUGGAACCAGCCCACUUGAAACAUAACUUCAAGGACAUGCCUAAGAAGAAGCAGGAUCACAACGGAGUGCAAAGGAACGGUAACCAUUUACCAUCAGACACAAAUACUUUUAUCGCCAACAGUCCGGUCGGAAGUACACUGAGCUUGGACAAAUCCUUCUCGUGCGCUCCAGUCACUCCGCAACGUGGUCUUCAAUCAUCCACCCCAGUCAGCAGUCCAAUGGGCCAGAAUGGAACUUGGAAGAGAAAUGGGUUUGGCAAUGAGAUAAAUGGAUAUUCACCCAAUGUUGGGAAUAGCAUCAGCUCCGAGCGUUUGAACGGAAGCUUUGACAGUUCUUUGGCCCAUACGCCACCGGCUCUUAGUCCGGAUACCAGAAAGUCUUUGGUACGUCCAAAGACUCUCGUCGAGAAGGCAAGAAUGAAUGUUGCUUGGUUAGACUCUUCUCUUUCGAUAAUGGAGCAAGGAGUCCGAGAGUACGAUACGCUCUGCUUGAAGUUUAAAUUCUACUCGUUUUAUGACUUAAAUCCUAAGUACGACAGUGUUAGGAUUAACCAAAUAUAUGAGCAGGCCAGAUGGCAAUUGCUCAAUGAGGAAAUUGAUUGCACUGAAGAAGAAAUGUUGAUGUUUGCAGCUUUACAACUUCAAGUGAACAUGCAAGCGUCCGAACCUCAACCCAAUUAUGACGAAGGAAGUAUUUCUUCGCCGAAUGAAGAUGACAUAGAUGCUGCGUUGGCUGAUCUUCAGACGACUCUAGAGGGAAGUAAUAUAAGCAGUCAUACCAACGAUAUCACGCAAGUGCCAGAAUUAUAUGAUGAGCUUAAAUUCUUCAAACCUAAGAGAUUUGGAAUAAAGGCAUACAAGAAAUAUUGGUUCUCCUACAGGGAUCUUCAUUUAUAUCUAUACAAGAGCAGAGAGGAGAUGAUACAUCACUCGUCUCCGGUUCACUCUGUGAUUUUGAAAGGAUGCGAAGUGACACCGGAUGUUAACAUCAGUCAAAGCAAGUAUGGUAUUAAAUUGGAAGUGCCCAGUACCGAUGGCAUGUCCGAAAUGUACAUCCGCUGUGAGAAUGAGAAACAAUAUGCGACUUGGAUGGCCGCUUGUAAAUUGGCGGCAAAGGGCAGAUCGCUGGCAGAUAGCUCGUACAACUCCGAAGUUGAUACCAUCCGUAACUUUUUACAGAUGCAAAAGCCUGGUGAAAAGCCAGCGCAUAUACCUCAUUCAGUAGACAUUACACCAGAGGACUACGUUUCUUCUAGAUAUCAGAAGAAAUUGAGAGGAAAGUUAAUUCAGAGAAUAUACGAAGCGCACGCAAACGUAAAAGACUUAUCUCUGAUAGAUGCAAAAAUGAACUAUAUAAAGGCCUGGCAAAGUUUAUCAGAGUUUGGAAUUACUUUGUUUGUGGUAAAAUUCAUGGGUCACAAGAAGGAAGAGCUUUUGGGUGUUGCAAGUAAUAGAAUCAUGAAGAUGGAGAUCAAUGGAGAUCAUUUGAAGACUUGGCGUAUGGAAACAUUAAAGGCUUGGAAUGUUAAUUGGGAGGUGAAACACAUGAUGACACAAUUUGAGGACGAUAAUGUGAUUUUCAGCUGUCUGUCAGCGGAUUGCAAGGUCGUGCACGAGUUUAUUGGCGGUUACAUUUUCUUGUCUAUGAGAUCCAAAGAAGCCAACCAAACUCUUAACGAAGAGAUGUUCCACAAACUUACUGGUGGCUGGACGUAAAGUAGCCAACUAAAAAACCAUUUGUGCCUUCUAUAUAUCUGCUUAAAUUAUGCUCCUCCAAUUUGUUAUAUAAAUACGAUAACAUUUCAAUACGAAAUUUGAAUAUAAAGUUUUUUUUCUUACGGAAUAGUUUAUAUUUAUUAUUAUAAUUGUUUACCAUUUGUAAUAUAUUGUAAAAUGUAUCGCCUUCCAGAUAGGAUUUUACUUUCUCUAUGUUCAAAAGAUA